AUGACAGGGGAUAGUUCAACAAAACGGCUGCGUUUUCUUACGUACAUGACUCCUGAUAUACCACUGGAUACCUUUUGCCUGCUUCGAAACUGUAUAGAGGAUGCAACUGGGCUGGAAACUGACCUUAUUGUAGAAGACCGCUUUACUGGGCCUCCACAAGGCAGAGCCGACCCAUUUACUGCAAACCAUGUGGACAUUAUGGCUCUUCACACGUCUGAUUACCUGCGGUUGAAAACUCAAGGCUAUGACAAGAUGGAAUUAUGUCCUGCGGCACCGGUGCACAAGCACCCAAUGACUAGAGACAGGCCUGUCUACUUCUCUGAGGUGAUCAUCCAUGCCUCCAACAGGCAGAAAUAUAAAGGCAUGAGAGAUCUGAAAGGAUGCAGCUGGGCAUAUAACCAGGAAGAGUCACUUAGUGGAAACCUCAUUAUACUUAAAUACUUGAAAAAUUCCCUGGGAGCCAAUGCCUCAUAUUUUGGAAAUAUCAUGCAAUCAGGCAGCCACCUCAACUCCAUCAAGAUGGUCAGAGACUACAGAGCUGAGGCUGCAGCAGUGGACUCCACUGUCUUAGCUGGAUACCUCCGGGAGCAUGAUGAUUGUGCAGAGAAGAUCAUUUCUGUUCUGUCUUUAGGACCACUUCCGAUUUACCCUUUGCUUUUCAACACUCAUUUGUCAGAUGAUUUGAAACAGAGGAUCUCAGAUGCACUUCUGCAGAUGCACAAAUCCCACACCUGGGCGUCCAAGCUAAAUGACAUCGGGAUCAGCAAGUAUGUGGCAAUGGAUGCAAAUCUCUACAGGCUGGAGGAGGACAUGUCCACCGGCGUCCAGGGUGCAAACAUCAAACAAGCUUACUACUAA